AUGACGUUCCGCCGCGUUCCUACAAAAGAGGAAGAGGAAUUAUCCUUCUCUUCGACGUCCACGAUGGACUCAGACUAUGAGAUUCCUGUGACGCUGCAGAAACUGGGCCUAUGGACUAGCGAGCGAGUGUCUACAAAGGUUUCCCAGACGCUCAAUGCCAUGAAUACGAUACGUGAGAGUGAGUCGAUGCGAUUUAGUAUGGUCACGGCUAAUAAAUGGAAGAAAAUGGGCUAUCAUCCUUACAAACCUGAUGCAUCGGGAUACACAGCACUCCAUCGUGCCGCAAAACGUGGUGACGAAGCCGUUGUGACUUCUCUGCUCGCCAUGUACGAUGGUAAAGCCAUUGAUUUGGCUUCUAUCAAGUCUCACAAACAGCAACAGAUUGCUCUACACAUUGCAGCCAAGUACGGAAAUCUUGAUGCUACUCGGCUGAUGGCUGCUCCUGAAUUUCGAGGACUCGUCAACAUGCCAGAUCGCAAUGGUAAUACGCCGCUCCACUUUGCUGCUACGUGCUCGGCACCGUCAGCAGUGGAUGUAGUAGCUCUACUGUUAAUGCGAGGGGCAGAUCCGACUAUCAAGAGCCAGCGAGGCGUUUUUCCGAUCGUCGCUCAUGUGCUCACGGCGCAGGAUGAUGGUCCAGAAAUUGUACAGUUACUCAUGAAGAAUGGAAGCGACCCCAAUACUGUCGACGGGGCUGGCAACACAGUCCUGCAUAUUGCUGUGUCACGGGGGCUGUGGAAGGUUGCAGCGGCUCUCGUAAGGGAGCACGCAGGUAUGGCGAUCCGCAACAACGAAGGUGUGACUGUUCUAGACCUCAUGUCGCCGCCGCAGCUGGCGUGGUUGGCCAAGUUCAUUGUGCACCCACCUGCGUGGGUCCCUUAUGAGACCCAACGCUUUUGCAUGGUCUGCUCGCGCAAGUUUGGUCUACUUGUUCGAUGUCACCACUGCAGGCUAUGCGGACGAAUAUGCUGUGGCCCAUGCUCCAAGUACAAACGCCGUCUCCCCUUUAGCGACUCGUCGAUUAAGCUAAAGACAAAGGGGCGUCAUGAAAUGAUGCGGGUGUGUAGUACCUGCAUUACCGUCCGCGAAAUUACACACACGGACUUGUCGUGGGCAAGCACCACGGCGGAUCGACUCAUAGCAAGCGAUACUAUUAUGGAUUAUAACAAUAAUUAUUAG